AUGACUGUCCACAAGCUCCUUUGGCUGAUGCCGAGCUUGAUCUUUCCUCUUCUCACUCAUGCCGCUUCCAAAUGCUCUGACAUUACCUUGAGCGUGACCGCCUCCUCUCACGCCGACGAUAUUGUUUUACCCAAUCUCAACCCCAAGAACCCAAACUUUGUCGAUGACUUGCUCAACGCGGGAGUAGGCGAUGUCGGUCGUGUAUGGCCCUUAAUUCCGGUUGGAGACACAUUCAACAUCAGUGCAAUCUUCUGUGAGCCGAAGGUGUACAACGAAGCCAAUGCCGUCCAACUUUUGGCCCAUGGAGCAACCUAUAACAAGCUCUACUGGACUGGACUGGGACUCCCAGAAGACCAGGCAAUGCCGUACGAUUGGACUCGGUUUGCCACCGACAAGGGCUAUGCAGCCCUUGCAAUUGAUCGCAUAGGAUCUGGGAAUUCAAGUCACCCUGAUCCUCUGUUGGAUAUUCAGACAAGUCUAGAGGCCGAGGUUCUUCAUCAGAUUGUGCUUCAACUCCGAAAUGGAAAGAUUGGUAAGAGGUUUUCCAAGGUUGCUUAUGUUGGCCACUCGAUGGGCUCCCUCAUCGGCAUGAGGUCGACGCAGCUGCACCCGCAGGAUUAUGACGCCGUAAUCUUGACGGGUUGGAGCGCCAACUUUGUCGAGAAUUUCCCCAAGAUUCUGGCAGCUAAUCUUCUUCCGGCCGCAAUUGCGCUUCCGCACCGGUUCGCGGACUAUAACCCUCUCUAUCUCGCUCUGACGAUCCGAAAGUUUGUGCGAGACGCCUUCUAUGGUCCCGAUGGGAGUUUCGACCCCAAAAUUGAAGAGUACAACUUCAAUAACCGAGACGCCGUGGGAACUGGUGAGCUGGUGAGUAUUCUCGCGGGAACUACCAAAACAACCUACGCCGGCCCAGUCCAUAUCAUCGAUGGGGAAUUCGACGCAGCCUUUUGCUCCCCUGGUCCGAAGUGUGUUCGAGGCCCCAAUACUGCGCCUGGAAACACUGCUCCUCUCUUCCCCAAUGCCCAGAAGUUCUCGUACAGCCUCAUCCCUAACACCGGCCACUGUCUGAACCUCCACCACUCCGCCGAUAAGACCUUCCAGUCCGCGCACGACUUCCUCCAUGAGAAUUUGGAGAACGCGUAG